CUAAAAAACUAAAAUUGUGUGCCGAGUUGGUUUACAAGGCUAUUUAUAUGAAUCCGAAUAGAAUUUUAGGGUGAGAGGAAUUCAAUUAAUUGAAUAAAAUUGUGCCUUUGGAAGAGAGAUCAAGUGGAAGAGAAUUGUUUAUUUGAUUACUGGUGUUGUUUUUGGGUUUUGCCGCAACACCUAUUAACAGCUUUCAGCAGUUUCCUCUUCAACCUACAAGUGUUAGCCAGAGACGACUAGUGUUUAAUUGCGUCUGUUUUGCACUUCAUGCAGAUAUGUCAAAAAAGUCAGAAGCAUCAAAAUCAUAACUCCAAUCCAUUAAAAAAAGUUUGGAUCCAUAUCUAUAUACAUAUAUUUUUUUAUUUGCAGUUUUGUCUCUAUUUGGAUUACUUAAGAACAACCCAUGAAUCAAAAUGAAGCAAAGUCGGUGAGCAUUAGUGAGUAGACAGAGAGAUCGAUGGGUUCCAAAGCUAUCUUCUUCUUUGCUAUCUUGUCCUUCUCAUCACUGGUGUCUGUCAAACCUGCAGCUUUUGCAGAAAAUGAGGUGGACCCAGGUCUUGUUAUGAACUUCUACAAAGAUUCAUGCCCUCAGGCUGAAGACAUCAUCACAGAACAAGUCAAGCUUCUCUACAAGCGCCACAAAAACACUGCGUUCUCUUGGCUCAGAAACAUCUUCCAUGAUUGUGCUGUUCAAUCAUGUGAUGCUUCACUAUUGCUGGAUUCAACGAGGAGGAGUUUGUCAGAGAAGGAGACAGAUAGGAGCUUUGGGCUGAGAAACUUUAGGUACCUUGACACCAUUAAAGAAGCUGUUGAGAGAGAGUGCCCUGGUGUUGUUUCCUGUGCAGAUAUCCUUGUUUUGUCUGCUAGGGAUGGCAUUGUUUCGUUAGGAGGCCCUCAUAUUCCUCUUAAAACCGGACGAAGAGAUGGUAGGAAGAGCAGAGCAGAUGUCCUUGAGCAAUACCUCCCAGACCACAAUGAGAGCAUCUCUGUUGUCCUUGAAAAGUUUGGAGAAAUGGGUAUUGACACCCCUGGAGUUGUUGCCUUGCUAGGUGCUCAUAGCGUUGGUCGAACCCACUGUGUCAAGUUGGUGCACCGCUUAUACCCAGAGGUGGACCCUGUGCUCCACCCUGGCCAUGUCGAGCACAUGCUGCACAAGUGCCCAGACCCGAUCCCAGACCCGAAAGCCGUGCAAUAUGUGAGGAAUGACCGUGGCACACCCAUGGUCCUAGACAACAACUAUUACAGGAACAUAUUGGACAACAAAGGAUUAUUGAUAGUGGAUCACCAACUAGCCAGAGACAAGAGGACAAAGCCUUAUGUGAAGAAAAUGGCCAAGAGCCAAGACUACUUUUUCAAGGAGUUUGCAAGAGCCAUCACCAUUCUCUCCGAGAACAAUCCUCUCACUGGCACAAAGGGUGAGAUCAGAAAGCAAUGCAAUGUUGCCAACAAGCACCACUAGAAGAGCUUUUGCUACAAGCCCAACUCUACUUCUCUUCUAUGUACUGUGUGAAGAAGAAGCUAAAGAGUGAUAUAAUAAAAUGGGUUGUUUUAUUAA